UGAUCACGUGUUUAUGCCAGAUCCAAUCAGGCACCGCUAGCGUCUUUCAAAGCGUACUGUUUUUUGCCACACGCCAUGUUUCACUGUGGGAAUAAUAAACAGAAGAAAGAACAAAAGAGAAAGCGUAGAUCCUGCAGGAUGAAAGUGACCAUUAUAAUGAACUUCAACCGGUAAUAUUCGCAUAUAAACACAAUAUCUUGAUUGUAGAUUUCUGUAUGUGAUCAUAUCACCGUGUGUGUGUGAAGCAAACAUGGAACGCGGUCCAGUUUUAUAGAGGAGACAUUUUUUAAUUAAAAAAAAAACACCAGUCUGAGAAACUAACAGGGUAAAUAUGUCUGAAAUGUGUGCCAAAAUGCGAUAAGGGAGACUUUUAUUGUGGACUCUGGAACAGCUGUUUUUUACUAAGCGGAAGUACUCCGGUCGAUGGCAAAUGAUGUCAAACGUAAUGCGACGCCGCAAGCUUUAGCAGAAUACCAAGAGUCAACGAAAAUAAAUUUCUUCAUUUUACUGUUUGUCAGUGUUAACUUUUAUGCCCAACAUGAGCUUUUGUGAUUCUGAGCAAAUUUGAGCCAUCAAAUACGCCUGUAGCCCCGCCCCUCUUCCGCUACGUCAGCAAGUUACCGUUGAGUGCAUGCGCUGGAAGCUGAUAUCACGUACUGUACGAUCCAUGACCCUCUUCAGAAUGAAAACUGAUUAAAGUUAAACUGAUUAAACUUCUCUUUCAUCGCUUAGCUGAGAAUUGAACCCUGGUUGCUUUUGUUUGGGUCCAACGCGUUACCACUGCACUAUUUAUGUUAAUAUGAUGGGAAUUGUUCACACUCACUUUACAUAAUUCAACCUAGUCAUUAAAAACGUAAUUUAAAUUAAGUUUACUAUAAGCAAUGAAAUCACGUUUUGAUGAGAAACUAAAUAUUUUUAUGUAAAGUAUAAUAAAUUCUCUUAAAUCUGACCGAGUACAUAUUACUUUUUUCAGUGUAGGAUGUGGGAUGAGACAAAAUAAUAAUAAUAAUAAUAAUAAUAAUAAUAAUAAUAAUAAUAAUAAUAAUAACUGAUAGAAUCUAAAGUGAAAGAGACGACUUUAGGCUAAACUGCUCUUAACAGGUGUGAAAAAAAAAGACCUGUUCUCCCUACCUGAGGCUACGUAGACAACAAGCAUGCUUUUUUUAAAAAAUGCCACGACCAACAGCCGGAGGAGGAAGGAGGAGGAGGAAGGAGGAGAUAUAAGCAACUGCUCAAGACAUGAAAUUGUCUCAGUUUCUGCCUGAACCCCAACCGCCAUGAGUUACAGAUGCUGUGUCUGUUCACUAUUUGUGUUUCUCAUAAAUGUAGUGUCAGUGCAGAGUGUCCAUGUGGUUGAAGCUAUUCUAGGAGAAACCGUCAUCUUACCAUGUACAAAACAGACUAAUCAGACCACACAGACCGUGUAUUGGCGAUACAGUGACAGCACGACGGUGUUCGAUAUCAUCAGCGGCGAAGUGAAGUUUGACGAGCAGGACCCAGUGUACAAGGGCAGAGUUGUAUGUUUUCCACUAGAGUUUGCAAAAGGAAACUUCUCAAUCAAACUGAGUAAUGUGAAACAGUUCCAUGAAGGAAUUUACACCUGCAACUUCCCUAGCACCCUUACUCCACAGACUAUACAACUGAACAUUAAAGAGAGUCAUCCAAGAAAGCAUGAAAUAGUUCUCGAAAAUGGAGACACAAGGGGACAGCCCCACAUUUUUUUGCUUUUCUCUGCAGCUCUGUUGGGACUUUAUGCUUCAUGUGACUUUCUGCCAUUUUUCACUGCUCUCCAGCCUGCACUUAAUAUUGGACAAAUAAUUUACAAACUAAAUCUUCAUUUGGACAUCUUGAAGAAGCACUGUAGAUCAUUCCACACAGGAUUCCUAGCUCAGGCUUGAACCAAAGACUCUGACAACACUACACACUGUAAUACAAUGCUGUAUAUAAAUUAUAUUUUAAAAUAAAUA